AUGGCAGACGACAAAAAUACAUCCUCAUCUUUCUUUCCAUUAGUUAGGAACGAAUUUUUAGAAGAGAAUUCUCAAAAACUUGAGAGUGAAGACAUAAUCCCUCACAUCACCAACCUAAACAAUGAACAGCCUUUCUCUGGUGGGAUUGUUGAACUCUCUGAAGAGUCAAUGGAGGACAACUCCUCGUCCCCCUUAAUCGGUGACAUGAAAAACAUUAUCCUGGAGAUCCCUAUUGGAAAUGAUGUUGUGGAAGCCAUAAUAGACUUUGCUAGGCGCCAUGAAGCUAGCAUAACCGUAAUGACGGGUACUGGUCUUGUCUCUGAUAUUACACUUCUCGAACCAGAUUCCCGUGUCCCAACUUUCCAAUUAGAUGGUCCAUUCAAUAUGUUAUCUCUCGCUGGAGUGUAUUUAAAUCCUAAUAGUUUUCAUGUUCCUCCUCAGCUUAUCAAAGAUCCAUUGUGUACUGCGUUUACCCUUCAACUCUCUGGAUCUCGAGGACAAGUGUUUGGCGGAGUGAUUGGAGGAAAGAUUAAUGCGGCCAGUGACAUUCAGAUUUCGGCCUUUCUUCUCAAGAGGCCCGGAUUCGUUAGGAUGGUCACCGAUGAUGGAAAUGUUCAUUUAUUUGAAGAUGACGACGUCCCAACAAUUGCUGGUGAUGUUGAUGUCGAUGAUGGUGGUGUUGAUGCACGUGAAACUCAAUCAAAAUUAGAUGAUCAAAUUCUCUCUUAG